AUGAUCUUCACAUCCGCCGCUGAGCCCGUCAAGGAGCUUCCGGACCACCUCGACGUCUAUGGCUUUCUGUUCGAAUACUUUCCCUCAUCUCGUCCCGAUACGCGCAACACCGGUCUCCCGCUCUUCAUCGACGAGCAGACCGCCCAACAAUGGACUUUCGAAGAGACCAAGGAGAACACCGACCUUCUCUCCGUCGCGCUGGCAGAGAAGUGCGGCAUCAAGCCCGACACGCGUGCUGCCAUCUACGCCACCAACAGCAUCUACUAUCCUGCCACCAUCUGGGCCAUGCAUCGCCUCGGAGCCGUCGUCUCGCCCGCCAACGCUGCUUUCAUGGCAAAAGAGCUCGGCCUGCAGAUCCAAGAGUCCAAUUCCAAGCUGCUCUUUGUGAGCGAGGAUCCCGUCUCGCUCAAGAAUGCUUUCGAAGCCGCAAAGAUCGCCAACAUCCCGCGCGACCGCAUCGUCAUCAUCCAGGAACCCUACACCGUACUCAAGUAUUCCGAAUCCAACUACGGCCGCAUCCAGCGCAAGUCGCAGGGCGCAUGGACGCUCGCCGGCCUCAUCGAGGAAGGUCGUGACAUUGUCAAGGCCAAGGGCGACGCCAUCCUCACCUCUACACGAUACAAGCUCAAGCCAGGCGAGGCCAAGACCAAGAUCGCGUUUCUGUUGUUCUCAUCUGGCACGACUGGACUACCAAAGGGUGUUGCGAUCCAGCACUUUGCGGUCACUUCCAACGCACUCCAGACCAUGGCUUUCAACAAGGUCGGCAGCAGUCUUGGCGCCAAAGGCCGCUUCUGCCCUGGCAAAGACGUCUCGCUUGGCGUCCUGCCCCAGGUCCACAUCUUUGGCCUCAGCACCUGUACGCACUUUCCCUUUUACGCCGGCAUUGCCAACGUUGUCAUCAGCAAGUUCCGUGGCAUCGAAGCCAUGAUCAAGACCAUCAUCAAGUACAAGAUCAGCGUGUGGUGGCUCGUGCCGCCCAUGGUGGUGCUCUUCUGCAAGGACCCGAGCGUUGCGCCGUAUCUGGACGAGCUGCGCAAGGUGGCGCGUUUUGCCAUGGUCGGCGCUGCACCACUGUCCGAAGACCUCAGCAGGCAAUUCAGCAAGAUCUUCCCGAAGCUCGACUGGGGCCAGGGAUCCGGUAUGACCGAGACGUGUUCGGUCACGACCAUGUUCCCUGUAGGCGAGCCUGUCGUCAUGGGAUCGGCAGGGCGUCUCUUCUCCAACACCGAGGCCAAGGUGGUCAAUUCGGAAGGCACGGAGGUCGGCUACGACGAGCUUGGUGAGCUCUGGCUGCGUGGGCCCCAGAUCACACUCGGGUAUACGAACAACGAAAAGGCGACGCGCGAGACCUAUGUGGAAGGAGGCUGGCUGCGCAGCGGCGACGAAGUCAGGAUCGACAGGAACGGCGAUGUCUUUUUCAUCGACCGUCUCAAGGAGCUCAUCAAGGUCAAGGGCUUCCAGGUAGCGCCCGCUGAGCUCGAGGGCUUCCUCCUCGACCAUCCCGACGUGUCGGAUGCGGGCGUGAUUGGGAUUCAGGACGAAUCCGCAGGCGAACUGCCGUUUGCAUUCAUCGCGCUCUCGCAGGACGCCAAGAAACGCGCCGCUUCCGGCGGCAGCAAGCAGCAAGACGAAAUCCGCCAGUCCAUCCUCAAGUUUGUCGCGGACAACAAGACCCGCUACAAGCACCUGUGCGGUGUAGCAUUCAUCGAUGCGAUCCCAAAGACCGCUUCGGGCAAGAUUCUGCGUCGCGAAAUGCGCGACAUGGCCAAGAAGCUCGCGCCAGAAGAUCUGCGCCAGAAGCGCGACGUUGCCGCAAAGCUUUGA